AUGACGACUAGCUUGGCAGCAAAUAACGACAAGACUUCCGUCGCCGAGGUUGAGAUUGCAAAGCAUGAAGCCGCCCCUGUUCGUUCUACAGUAACUCAUUAUGUGCCGGCUACCGAGGAAGAGAAAGCCUUGGAUAGAAGAGUCAACUUGAAGUUUGAUCUCUGCAUCAUUGUCUUUCUCUCCUUGGGUUUCAUUCUUUUGGGUAUUGACAAGACAAAUAUCGGAUAUGUUGCGACUAGCACAUUUGUCAAAGAUGCCCAUCUGAAUCCCAACGACAUUCCGAAUUCUUUGUCCUUGUUCUCUGCGACAUAUGUUCCUCUCCAGCCCAUAUCAAGCAUAAUAGGUCGCCGAGUGGGAGCAAAAUGGUGGAUUACAGCUUUGAUGAUUGCCUGGGGAAGCAUCUGUAUUGCACACAUGGCAGUUAGAAGCUCCUCCACCUUUUAUGCGCUGCGUUUACUCCUUGGAGUUGCGGAAGCGGGUUUUACACCGACUGCAUAUUAUUAUAUGUCAACCUUUUACCCGAAAUUUUCUUUGGGAUUCCGUAUGGGUAUGUUCUCAGGCAUGUAUUCAGUGGCGGGUGCAUUUGCUGGCCUUCUUGCGUACGGCCUUCUCCAUUCGGAGACAUCAUCCCUACGAGGAUGGCAGAUGCUGUUUCUUGUGGAAGGUGUCAUGACGGUGGCGGUGGCUUUGAUUGCUCUUGCAGUACUGCCGACAGACAUCUCUAACGCUUGGUUCCUGACGGAAGUGGAGAGAGGGCACGCGUUGCGCCGAAUGGAGAGAGAUCUCCAGACGAGCUCUGAUUCCGGAAUCGGGGAGGCCAUUGACAGUGAUGGCGACCUAUACACCGCAAAGGAUAACCACAAAAUCACUUUACAAGAUGUGAAGGACGUAUUCAUGGAUUGGAAGAAGUUACUGAUUAUUGUGUUCAAUAUUCUCAGUGUGCUGCCUGUCACGGCUUUUACAACCUUCCUACCUCUUAUCGUCCAGGGUAUGGGCUAUGAAGGUAUCGAAGCCACGCUGAUGUCCGUUUCACCAUUUGUUGUGGGAACCGCUGGUCUGUUGGCUAUCGUCUAUUCAUCGGACCAUUUCAAGGAGCGCAGCCUUCAUACUUGCUUCGGGAUGGCACUUGGUCUGAUUGGGGAGGGAGAGCAAUAA